GAUUCUUGCCCGAUAGCAGAACAAUUCUUGCAGAGGAUGCUGUCUUUUGUGCGAUGCGGGAGGAGUUCCCUUACUUCCGUUGCAAAACUCGGGCGAAUAUGCAUGCUUGGUGGAAGAACGUGCUAUGCAACUAGACUGCCGUGUACUCCUUUUCACCAAAGCAUCGCUGUUCUGCAUAAUAGCCCUGUGAGAUUAUCUACAGAACAAGAAAAAGAUAAAAAGAAAUGGCCAUUCCAUCUGAGUAUGACCGAACAACAGAAAGAGGAGAAGAAGCGAAAGAUUGAGGAGAUGAAAGAGGAGGAAAAGCCAACUUCAAUGUUCGGAAAAAUCAAAUACUACCUGAAACGCUACUGGUAUAUCGCAGUGCCUGCGCACAUGGCAUCUAGCACAUUGUGGUUUGGAGGCUGUUAUGCAGCAGCUCAUUUUGGAGUUGAUACCGUAGGCCUGCUCCGAUUCUUGCACGUUCCAGAUGUUUUCAUCCAGAAAGUUGAAAAUGUACCACCAAGUGCUGGAGCAAUAGUUGUGGCUUUGAUAUUGUACAAGGUGGCAACUCCUCUCAGAUAUGCAACUACCCUUGUGUUCAUCCAAGCAACGUUUUCUAUAUUAAGGCGAAUGGGCAAGCUACGCACAGUCCGUGAAGUCGAGUACAAGAUGCGUACGGAGUAUGAGAAGAGCAAAUCAAAAUUCGGAAGGAAAUUAUAUCGAUAUCGUCAUCUGGGUGUUCGCGAUGCCAUGCGAAAGAGCUCCCAAGGACAAAUCAAAAGGGACAAUACAGAUCUUCUGAAGAAAGAGCCACAAGGAAAGCAAAAGAAGUAGUCCAGUCAAGGAACGUUCCUCCAGGAUGUAAAGCCGGUAUCUGUAUCUUGCUUGCACGUGUCUGAUGCGUUGAUUUUAGCCUGACGCAUCUUUGCUCACUUAGUUUGUUGUUAGAUUUUGUCGUUUUGUAUCGAACUGAACAUCUGAUUUUUUUAUUAGUUUAUAUGUAAAUAAUUUAAUCAAAUUUGUGCGUGUGUCAAACUCGCUAGCUUUGUAUCUGAACGGUGCAACCAAGGCUAGCACUGAAGCAGUGAAGGAAAACCCAAAUUCUUUCGAUUAUAUGUCUCCUCAUCAAAUGUCUUUCCUGAUCUUUUGGAAGUGCAGUCCUUUCCGAAUCAUAACUCUUUAGCAAUUUUAUCUUCAUACAUACUUCAGCGUUUAUAUCAUACAAACUCUUUUCCUGUUGCUGUGAGUCGCUUGUGCGCUGACGCGGACAAUAGCCGUCACAUUCUCGAUGAAGGUAUCUACAUGUAUUUUUAGGUGCGUUUCCUAGUCUAUCAUAUUAUGAAUUUUUUGAUGUAAUUCAAU